GUAAGAUAUUUCUAGAAGACAACAGAACUAAAAAGAGAAAAGAGCAAUCAUCUCUCAUAUCAUAACCUCUGAACACAAAAAAAAAAACACACACACACAUUCUCUCACUGCAACAUGAAGAUUAGCACUAAAAAUAAAGCUCUGUUCAUAUGUUUCAUAGCCAUGGGCAUCAUUUUCUUAUCAGUAUAUCAGCCUGAGCCAUUUUCAGGGCUUGAAUACGAUGUACGUGUCAUCAAUGGGUUUACAAACAACUCAUCUCUGCCUUUAGUUAUAUGGUGCUCGUCGGACGUGGAAGAACUGGGUGGCCGGGCUCUCCAAGAAGGCGAUGACUUCAGUUGGAGCCUUAAGACUAACAGUUGGGGCACUACUCAUUAUUUAUGCACUAUAAAAUGGGACGAAAAGAGAAGACAGUUUGAUGCUUUUAAGAUUCCAAGGGACAUUUAUCGGUGUAGCCUUCUCAAGAAAUGCUCUUGGUUAGUUAGAGAAGAUGGGUUUUAUUUUAGUAAUGAUGAAGUCAAUUGGAAGAAAGAUUUUUCUUGGUUUUAAUCAUAGUUUUCAGCUAAGAUUUUUCUUGGUCUUAAUCAUAGUUUUCUGAGCUAGUUAUG